GGAGGCGCGGGACGUUCGGCGGGAGGUGCGCGCAGGGGCGGAGUGCGGGCGGAAGUUGGCGUCUGCGGAAAGGAGAAAAGAAAAGGAGACGCGGCUGGGUGCGGCGCGACAAGGUCUGGAGCCGGCGGGAGGGCGCCGCCUCCUCCCCCUCCCUCUCUGUGAGGAUGGAAGUGACGAAAGCAGCCGAGGAGGUCACUUCCUGCUGGGGUGGAUGAGGAGGAGCCGGAGACGCCGCGGAGGAGACCGGACCCAAGACGGACCGUACCGGGGAGAGCAGGAGGGCGAAAAUGAAAGCAGGCUGUAGCAUCGUGGAAAAGCCAGAAGGAGGUGGAGGGUAUCAGUUUCCUGACUGGGCUUACAAAACAGAGUCAUCCCCAGGCUCCCGGCAGAUCCAGCUGUGGCACUUCAUCCUGGAGCUGCUGCAGAAGGAAGAGUUCCGCCAUGUCAUUGCCUGGCAGCAGGGAGAGUACGGGGAGUUUGUCAUCAAGGAUCCAGAUGAGGUGGCCCGCCUCUGGGGCCGCAGGAAAUGCAAACCACAGAUGAAUUAUGACAAGCUGAGCCGGGCCCUCAGAUACUAUUACAACAAGAGGAUCCUUCAUAAAACAAAAGGGAAACGAUUUACUUAUAAAUUUAACUUCAAUAAGCUGGUGAUGCCCAACUACCCAUUCAUCAACAUUCGGUCAAGUGGUGUGGUUCCUCAGAGUGCACCACCAGUGCCAACAGCCUCUUCCCGGUUCCAUUUCCCACCUUUGGAUGCCCAUUCUCCACCUGGUGAUGUGCAGCCAGGGAGGUUCUCUGCUAGCUCCCUGAGUGCUUCUGCCCAGGAGUCAAAUAAUGGCACUGAUAGAAAGGUGGAGCUUUCAGAGCUGGAGGAUGGCUCAGCUGCUGACUGGCGCCGGGGCGUGGAUCUCGUGUCCUCCCGGAAUGCUGUCAGUGGAGGCGGGAUUGGCCACCAGAAACGCAAGCCUGACAUAAUGCUUCCUCUGUUCACUAGGCCAGGGAUGUACCCUGACCCCCACAGCCCCUUCGCUGUCUCUCCAAUCCCUAGCCGUGGAGGUGUCCUAAAUGUCCCCAUUUCACCAGCCCUCUCCCUGACUCCCACCAUCUUCUCCUAUAGCCCCUCACCAGGCCUGAGCCCCUUCACCAGCAGCAGUUGCUUCUCCUUCAACCCAGAGGAAAUGAAACACUACCUUCAUUCUCAGGCCUGUUCUGUGUUCAACUAUCAUCUGAGUCCUCGGACUUUUCCCCGGUACCCAGGGCUCAUGGUUCCACCACUGCAAUGCCAAAUGCAUCCUGAAGAGCCUACUCAGUUUUCUAUCAAGCUGCAGCCCCCACCCAUUGGACGGAAGAACCGGGAGAGAAUGGAGAGUAGUGAGGAGUCCACACCUGUUCCUGCACCCACCUUGGCUUCUAUUACUCCACAAAUUAAGGUGGAGCCCACCUCUGAGAAGGAUCCCGAGAGCCUCAAGCAGUUGGUCCGAGAGGAGGAGGAGCACUGUCAAGAAGAGGGCACUGUGCCAAGCAGGACCAUGGAAGAAGAGAAAGGCACCAUCUUUGCCCGCCCCACUGCCCCACCCACCUGGCCCUCUAUACCCAUUAGCACCCCAAGUGAAGAACCCCUAGAGGUGACUGAAGACAGUGAGGACAGGUCUGGCAAAGAGCCCAGUGCACCUGAGAAGAAAGAAGAUGCCCUGAUGCCCCCAAAACUUCGGUUGAAGCGGCGCUGGAAUGAUGACCCUGAAGCCCGGGAGCUUAGUAAGACUGGCAAGUUCCUCUGGAAUGGGGCAGGACCCCGGGGCCUCGCAGCAGCCGCCGAUGCUUAGAACUGCAAGUGCUAUGGGAGCUGUUUAUAUUAUAAUCAAAUACAUACAUGUAUUUAUGUAGCAAGAUUUUGGGGGGAGGGGGGAGGGAGUUAGACUGGUUUGAUCAUUCUGGGGCAUAGACUUGUACUUUUCUGUUGGGGAUGGGAUGGGUAUCUUCUGUUGUAAAUUAGGUGGGAUGUAAACACACUUUUUUUCCUGGUGAGUAAGACACAGGGAGAGUAUUGAACUGAAAGGGGAAGGAGCCUGUUUCCCAUUUGAGGCUCACACUUCCUGACAAGGAAACUCCUAAAGGGACCAGGUACUUUCUGGUCCCAUGACAGUUCAGGUUCCAGAGGUCUUUCUUUUCUAUUGUAUUUAUAUGUGGAAAGCCAUUAAUGAGUUUAUUUUGCUCUGAGAGAUACAUAAAAGGGAAUAGAUUGUGGCUGGGAGGUUCAGCAGUGGGAGACCAUUAGUACUAAAUAUUUUGCCUGAAAUAUUUCUUUUAAUUAUUUCAGGGAAAGAAAAGAUAAUCUCAGUCUUACUGGGGUGGGUAUGUUCAGAUGUUCUUUUUCUUCUGUCCUUUUUUCUGUUAUUCUCUGGCAUUUUUUUUUCCUUUUCUUUUUAAAAAAAUGUUUUCAGAACACAUGAGCAUACUGCCAGUUACAGUAGGGCUGGGAGGGUGCAGGAGCUGGCCCCUCUCAGAUGCAGGGUUGAGGCAGGAAGCAAGUCCAGCUGCAAGCUCCUUGGACUUUUCACCUAUUUCACCUACUAAGAAGCCAUGAGGAGUUAUAAACUCUUGUUCAGGGAAGAAAGAAGAGGGCAGGAGGAAGUAACCCAAUGCCUUUAAAAACAAAACAAAUGAAACAACAAACUUCAUUUUUUCUUUUUUCCAUUGUGGGUUUGGAAAGCCAAACCAAAGUGUGACUGUGAGCAAGUUCACUGAGAGGCAUGACAGCAUUGUUGAAAAUGUCUUUCCAUUGUGUCUGGUUCUCUUUAUCAUUUUCUUAAGUCGAGCCUUAACUAUGAACCAUACUUUAAGAUGAUACGGGUCUGUCAACAUAAACCUGUAAAGGGCAUGGACACUUCAGAUAACCCAGGAAUGUUGAGACAUGGUUAAACUUCUAGCUGAUUGUCAUUCCCUCUUGAUGUUGUUGGGGUGGGUAGCAAAAAGGCAGGAUUGUGGGAGUUAAGGACAGAUGAUACCUGGAAACACAGAAGGUAGCUGGGUGAACACGUGGAUGUUUGUUGAAACUGAAGGAAGUAGUAGAAAGAAGACAAAGAAGGCAACUAGAUGCCAAAAGGCCUGGUAUGAGGGAAAGAGUUGAUAUCUGUCCUGUUGUGGUGUUGCCAUUCUUGCCAUCCCCAUUUGCCCAGAUUGUUCUGAAUCCCCUGAUCAGUUAACUGUCCUGCAUGAGACUCCCAUUUAUAGAUAGCAAUUAUUUCUUUGUGGGAAAUUCCCUUUUAGCAACUUCAAAGGAAUGGGAAGGGAUUGAUCUUAUGUGACGCAAAACACUAGAACUAGGGACAGAGAAAAAGCAGCAGCAGCCAAUAUCUUCUGUGUAUGUGUGCAUAUGUACCUAUGUAGGUUAACUCCUGGCUAUGGCUCAGAUCCACCUAGCAACAGGGCAACAGGAAGAAGAAAUAACUACAUCUGUUGAGGGCCAGGGUGGCAUGGGGGGUAGUGUCCAGGAGUUGGAGAUUCCUGACUCUAUACUAAAUAACAUUUGAGGGUUGUCUUUAGUUGUAGGGGUAUUUUUUCUUUUUUUAAACUGGAGUACAUGCACCAGAGAGGGCUCAGGAAAGGUUAGAGCAGGUGAGAGAGACAAUAGAUGCCCUGGGAUGACUUGAGUCCAUCAUGCUGUUUCUUGACAAGUUCUUUUCUUGCUUGAUCCAAAUUCCAUGAGUGACUCAUCUUUCCCCAGGAAAGGGACUUAGCGAGAGGUCCCUAAUGACUCAGGCUUUCAUCAUGCUGCCUUUGUGGUCGCGUUUUUGUCAGAUUUCCUUCUCUGCACCUUGACUUACCUCUGAAUCAGAAAGCAAGCCCAGCAGGUGGAAGAAGGCUCUCUGCUUGGCAUUGCCUGAUCUAAUAACCAGGGAGGCCAGCUGGCCACCCAUUGUCUGCUAGAGGGGAGGGCCGGCAGGUGUCGGUAUGAACUCAGGAAUAGAAACAUGGGGCCUUCACAUAAGAGGGAGACAAAUCCAUAAUGCAUACCUGUAACCCCUAUAACCCAAGUGCCAGAAUUAAUUCCUAGAUGCUGCUUCUGUUUGAACAAAAAGUCACUGCUUUUACACUUGAAAACACACGCGAAAAAAUGUUCAACUCCAUGAAAAAUGUUUUUGGCUUUAAGAAAUCGUUUGGUGUUUUAAUUGUUUCCUUUGAUUGCCAUUCCACCAGUAAUUGUUGAUUUGCA